AUGGAGAAACGCAAAUAUGGAGAAGCGCAAAUAUCGGAGAAGCGCAAAUAUCGGAGAAGUACAAAUAUUGGAGAAGAAGAAGGGAUCAAAACGCAAGAAUGGGAGAAAACGCAACAGUGGCAGGAGGCGCAACAGUGGCAGGAGGCGCAACAGUGGCAGGAGGCGCAACAGUGGCAGGAGGCGCAACAGUGGCAGGAGGCGCAACAGUGGCAGGAGGCGCAACAGUGGCAGGAGGCGCAACAGUGGCAGGAGGCGCAACAGUGGCAGGAGGCGCAACAGUGGCAGGAGGCGCAACAGUGGCAGGAGGCGCAACAGUGGCAGGAGGCGCAACAGUGGCAGGAGGCGCAACAGUGGCAGGAGGCGCAACAGUGGCAGGAGGCGCAACAGUGGCAGGAGGCGCAACAGUGGCAGGAGGCGCAACAGUGGCAGGAGGCGCAACAGUGGCAGGAGGCGCAACAGUGGCAGGAGGCGCAACAGUGGGUGAAGAAAACAUGGGAGAAACUCAAAUCCUUCUUCUAG